AUGAAUUUUAUUACAAAAAAAAAUUAAUCACCAUAUUAAAAUGGUUUGACUUUCAUUUCACAUCUCUUUCAUUAAAAAUAAUAGGACAUCAUUUCCACCAAUAAAAUUAUUUAAAUUAAUGGAGAACUUCUUAACUACUAAAAAAAGUAAGUUAAUACCCCUAGAGAAAAAAGUCAAUUAAGAGAUAAGGAUAAGCCUCAUGUUAGAUAAAUAACCAUCAGAUCGUAUUCAUCAUUAUAAAUGAAUGAUAUCAUAGAAAAUACUUUUAAUAAAGAGAAGCUAUAAAUCAGAUUAAAAAGUCCUAACAAAUUUUGUAGAGUGAAAGCACUGUAAGAAAUAAGAGAAAGAUAAAAAUCUCCAACAUUCCUUAUCAAAUAAAGAACAUAACCAAUAUAUUCAUAAUUCACUGCAAGAGUAAAGGGAGAUUGA